AGUCCGGACACUUUCCCCCCCUUCCAGUCCGGACACUUUCCCCCCCUUCCCAGUCCGGACACUUUCACCCCCUUCCAUGUCCGGACACUUUUUCCCCCCUUCCAGUCCGGACACUUUUCCCCCCCUUCCAGUCCGGACACUUUCUCCCCCCUUCCAGUCCGGACACUUUCCCCCCCUUCCAGUCCGGGCACUUUCCCCCCCUUCCAGUCCGGACACUUUCCCCCCCUUCCAGUCCGGACACUUUCACCCCCUUCCAGUCCGGACACCAUUUCACCCCCUUCCAGUCCGGACACUUUCCCCCCCUUCCAGUCCGGACACU